AUGACAGAGAACAAAUAUGAACACACAAGCAAAGCAAGCAACGUGAAUGCUCUUAAAAACUUCGAUCCGAGUUUUACGUCGCCAAUCACAAAUAUUACUGUACCUGUGGGUCGAGAAGCAAUUCUCACGUGCACCGUUCAUGAUUUAGUGAACUUUAAGGUAGCUUGGUUACGAGUUGAUACGCAAACAAUUUUGACGAUACAGAAUCAUGUGAUUACCAAAAACACGCGAAUUGGGAUAACGCACACGGAAAAGAGGAUUUGGCAGUUGCGGAUUCGAGAUGUGAAGGAAGCUGAUAGAGGAUGGUACAUGUGUCAGAUAAACACGGAUCCGAUGAAAAGUCAAGUUGGGUAUUUGGAUGUUGUUGUCCCGCCAGAUAUACUCGACUAUCCAACAAGUCAGGAUAUCGUCGUUGAAGAAGGACAAAAUGUAACCUUGACAUGUGCAGCGACGGGAUCUCCUGAACCAAUCAUCAAUUGGAGACGGGAAGGAGGAAAACCACUUUUCAAGGGAAAUAAUGGAAUGGAAGUUUUCAACUAUGAAGGAGCCUUUUUAGAUAUUCCUUUCGUGACACGAUAUCAUAUGGGAGCGUAUUUAUGUAUUGCCUCAAAUGGUGUUCCUCCAUCUAAAAGUAAAAGAAUUAUCAUUAUAGUUAAUUUCCCGCCUGUUAUUUCUGUGAAGACAAGACACGUUUAUGCCGCCAUGGGUGAACGUACAAUGUUAGAAUGUCAUUCAGAAUCCAAUCCAAAUACUGUCAACUAUUGGAUGAGACACAAUAAGCAAGACACGAAACGAAUUGACUUCGUGUUAGGCGGAAUUUAUGAACCAAAGUUGGAAGAUCACAUUUAUCGGAUGGUUAUGAAGCUUCCGUUGACGAUUCACAGAGCGAGUGAUUAUGGCUCGUACAAAUGUGUGGCGAAAAAUAGCUUUGGAUUGUCAGAGGAGAUCAUAAAAGUGUUCCCUCUUCAAAAAACAUUAAAUCACGUUCAACUCGAAAUUCCCGUGUUGGAAAGGGCUUUUGCAACUAACGAAACAUCCCAGCAAUAUCUCAGCGAUGCAUGUGAGAACCGAAACAGGAAAUUUUUCACUCUACUACUUUGCCUUAUAUACCUCAGACGGUUUCUAAUCCUUUAA